AGGUUAUAUUUGCUUACACGAGUGGACGCGAGAGGUGUGAGGAAAGAGUCUCUGACGUGCUUCAGACAAAUGUGAAAGACAAACAUGUCCUCCUUCUUGUCCACCCCGAAUCGAGACGCAGCCUUCAGCCUGAGAUCAGUCAGAGAGAGAAGAAAGAGCGACAGGACGGCGAGCACGUUAUCCUGCUGAUCAGAUCCUGGAAGCAUGCACGCUCUGUACGCGUCCGCGAUGCUCUGUUCCCUUCUGCUCGGCUUCCUGCCUCCCACAGGAGCAGAAGGGGCCGACGAAGCCGGCGGGAUCGAGGAAGAGCGGGAGAAGCGAACCCUGCCCUACUGGGGCAUGUGGUCGUCAGACUUUUUCGGGUGGUUCGAGGAGAUGCGAGCUCGGGCGGCUUACGAGGGGAUGGAGGACCUGGCUCGGACCUUCUGGGCUCACUUCCCCAUCGGCAACGGGCUGGGCUACGAUCAUCCUGAGCCCGUCCCUGAGCCUGAGGAGUGAAGGCACAGAUUUAAGAGUCUGAGGGCGGGUCACCUUUAACGGAUGUUUACAGUUUAAACAACCAAAAGGUAGUUUGGAGGAUUAUAUAUCAUUUAUAUAUCGAUCAACCUUUUUCCCUAAUCUAUGAAAUGUUUAUUUGGAUAAUAUGGAGAAAAUAAUGGAAGCGUUAACCCUUUAAAUGGUUUUAUGGAUCAUACAUAAACAAUUAGGAGAAUUGUACACAGUGGCAUCAUGUUUUGGGUCCAAACAGAUGUUGUAUUAUAUAAUAUACAGUCCUGUAAUAAAGUUCACCUUCCUGACGGUUAUACUGUUCACAUUCAGAGGUGUUAAAUCGACCGUAUGCUCAUGUUGAAGCAUCAGACUUGGCUUCGUCUGAGCGUGGCGUGCCUCAUAAAUCAGUAGCUGAUAAUACUCGUGUAUUUCUACUUAAGUAGCACUUUGAGUGCAGGACUUUGUCUUGUAAUGGAGUAUUUUAACACUGCUGUAUUGGCGUUUUUAAUAAAGUCAAAUGAUCUGGAUGUUUUAUUGAGUUGUUAAAAGAGGACACGCGGUCUCUUCCUUCCAUCUUUUCGGUCUGAGUUUGAGUGUUUGUGCGUCAGACUCUGCAAAGCAAAUCUGACUCGGGUCAAAACACUCGAGAUUGUCAAUACGAGGAGCA